AUGGCCCAACGUCAGAUGCUCCUAAUGUUGGAAGCACUAAUGAACGACAAUAAGCGUCUCCCACAAACACCGUACGAUACAAGGCAUAGAAUUAGGCAGCUUGCGUACUUUCGGAUGAUACACGAGUCUGAUCUUGUGUGCCGCAAAAGCACGCGAAUGGACAGGCGAACAUUCACAAUUCUAUGCCACUUACUUAGAACUGUAUCUGGUCUUUCGUCGACAGAGAUUGUCGAUGUGGAGGAAAUGGUUGCAAUGUUCUUGCACGUCCUUGCUCAUGACGUGAAGAACCGUGUCAUCCAACGGGAAUUUGUACGGUCCGGUGAGACAGUAUCUCGACAUUUUAACAUCGUAUUGUUCGAUGUGGUUCGACUAUACGAGGAGUUGAUAAAGAGACUUGCUCCGAUAACAAACAACUGCAAUGAUCAACGUUGGAAGUGUUUCGAGAAUUGCCUUGGCGCAUUAGACGGGACGUACAUAAAGGUCAACGUCCCUGCAGGAGAUCGGCCUACAUUUAGAACAUGUAAGGGGAAAAUUGCCCCAAACGUUCUGGGGGUGUGCGACACGAAAGGGGAUCUCGUUUAUAUCCUCGCCGGUUGGGAAGAAUCCGUAGCAGACUCGUGGAUUCUACGUGAUACCCUUUCACGAGAAAAUGGACUACAAUAUGCCAACCUCAAAUGGUGCCCCAAGACAUGUCUAGACGAAGGAGGAGGAGGGCACUCUUGUGAAGUGUUUAAUGGAGUUGGUGUCAAUGGGGGGAUGAAAAUCGGAUAA